AUUUAAACUUGUGUAUGGGAUGUGGACAUCAAGUACUUUUAGAAAGGUCACACAACUCACUGACGAUAUGGGUUUUUCAACGCCAUCGAAAUUUAAAGAAUUGCAACCUGUUUAUGACGAUGAUAUGAUUUUUUCAACACCACACCACCAUAAACACAAUAAUGACGGAAUUCAAUUUGAAGCAAUUUAA